CUAUGGAGUCGUAUACGACGCUCGACGAUAAAGCCUCAACACCAACACGCCGUGCGCGUCACAUCCAGCGAUAUUUUGCUCGCUAUGACGCGACCGCCGGUGACGACAACGACGUCAUCCUCGCAUUCGUCCACACGUGGAGCGCCCACCAGCAUCUCUGGCGGCUAGCACACGCCACCUACGAACCGCCGCUGCACCACGCCUGUCGCAACGGCAAUAUUGAUGGUGUAAAUCGUUUGCUGAACGACGGAACGUGUGCACUCUACCAAGAUGCGACGCUCUCGACGGCCCUGCACGUCGCGGUGGCCCAUGGCCACGUCGCAUGCGUCGAUCGACUGCUGCAGGAGAGAGAUAUACCUCUGCAACUCCAUGUCCAAAACCAUCGGGGCGAGACCCCGCUCCAUGUUGCCCUGAAGCGAAAACGAUACAUCAUGGCCGACUCCAUGCUCCAACAUGCCUCUACGGCAACGCUACAGCGUUUGGACAACAACGGCUGGUCCAUUCAAGCGCUCGACGUCCAUCAGCGAGGUUGCCUCCAUGAGGCGUGUCGCAAUGGCAGCGUCGCGCGCCUGCAACACUUGACGACAACGUACAAGCUACCGCUCGAUGCAGCGUUGCCGCAACUCCAAUGGAGCUUGCUGCAUCAAGCUUGUGCAUCGAUGCACAUCGACUGCGUUCGGUCCUUGUUGGCGCAAGUUCCGCACCUCGUAUUUCAAGCCGAUCAGUCGGGCGCGACGCCGCUACAUGUGUGUGCAGCCCACGGCUUCCUUGAAGGCAUUGUUUUGCUCUUGGACGCAGCGAUAGCAGCCUCGCACCUUCCACGAUUGCUGUCGGCUGUGGACGUCAACGGUCGCACGGCCCUGCACACAAGCCUCUUACGCCGUCAACGUGGCAUCGCCAUGUACUUGCUGACGACGAGUCAGAUCCACGGCUUGGCGGCCACUGAUUUUUUGGCGCUUUGCGAUGUCGCGCUAUACACGGCGCUGCAUUAUGCCGCGGCGAUCGGCGCCAAUGAAAUCGUGCGGGCGUUGAUCGACGCCGGCGUCAACAUUGAACAUGGGGUACCAUCUACCACCUAUCUGACGAAGGAAAACGAGCCGGACCUUGCUACCGCGACCCGACGUCGGCCACUACUCGCUGCCACGACACUGCAGGAUGUACAACAGUCGGUGAUCGAACUCAAAACGUUGUGGUUCGCAGUACACAGCCGUGAGCGGUCUCACAUCGGUGACGCGCCGUCCGUCACCCGCUUUCGCCAUACCAAAGUUGUUUUGGACGCUUCACGGACCGAGGAAGCGCCGACAUCACCGCUGCUUGUGGCGCUCCGCGGCCGUCAGUACGAGACGGCGCAACUCUUGCUCGACGCCGGCGCCGACGCUGGGCAUGGCACCUUUGCAAACAUAUUUUUGCAGCAUCCUCAAAGUCGGCCGGUGCUCACACCUUUUGCAAACCAGUGGCUGGCGUCGCCGGCGCCAUAUGACGCUGCCCGGUGCAUUCCAGCUCUCGUCAAGAGUGUCUGCAAGGGACAGGGUAGCGAAGACGACGUGUGUGCGCUCCUGGCCCUGUACGCCACGAUACAAAAGAAAGCUAUCCUUGUCAACGAUACAACCUGUCUGGUGCUGGCGCUGACCCACGAAAAGCUUGCUCUUGCAAGCUGCUUGCGUACGCUAAGCGUGCCAUGGCCACCGCAGGUUUCGCUGCUCUGCAUUGUAGCGUCUGCCGCAAGCCCCAAAAGUGUCGAGUGGCUCAUCGAACACAACUACCCGAUCGACGCCAAAGACGCACCCGCGUUGAAGCUGGCGCUCACGAUGCAUGGCCAUCGAUGGACAACACGUGCUUUGCGCGAGCACGAGCGCCGGUCAGCGAUUGGCUACCGCCUCCUGACCCAUAAUGCGUACCUCGCCCAGCUUACUCCGGCGCCCUGCCUUCGGCGUGCGAUCCAAGGUGGCUUUGUCGACGCCGCCCUCGCCCUUCACCAGCAUGUUGCGACCGACGUCGACACGAGCGACCUUGCGCCAGUCGCUGAUGCCAACUUGGUACUGGCGCUGCGACCGCCGUGGGCACUCAACUGGGCGUGUUGCGCGAACUCGCCGCUCGCCAACGUGCGGAGUCUAAUUCAACGCCAAUCGCGCCUCCAACGCGGCCUCUUACUGCGAGGCAGACCAGCUGCGAGCUGGGCCGUUCAGUUUCAACGGCUCGACAUUCUUCGCGUGCUUCUCGUGCUUGAAGGACCGUGGUGCUUGCAUGAGCUCGAUGCCAAAGGACGAAGCGUACUUCACUAUGGUGUCCAGCAACUCAGUACUGAGCUCCUCACAUUUCUAUGGUCGCAUCUGCCCCAUCCGUCGAGCUCAAGUUCGCUUCUCGCAACCGCCAUCAGAGCCAACCAACUGAACAUCGCCCAGUGGCUCGCAUCCAAAAGCGAUAUUUGCUGGCGUGAUCCAGUGUCGACGCGUCGUGACACGCUGUUGCACGUGGCGUGUGCGGCCGGCCACCUCGCGCUAGUGGAAUGGCUCGAAGCCAUCUGCCCCGAGCUUGUCUCUGUUGCCAACGACGACGGCUACGUGCCGUACGACUACCUCGCGUUCUUUGGGCAUCCCAUGGGAGCUUCUCGCAGCGCGUCCUAUCGCGCAGCGAUUCACCCACACUCGCUCAAGCUGUUCUUUACCGAUACCAGCGAACCAUCCUGGCGACCUUUGCUCGGGGCGCUGCGGAGUCUGCUUGCCGCUCCUGCCAACACGACGCAGCAUUUGAUUGUCUCUCGAUGUACUGAUGGCUACUACCGUGUACAUGCGGCUUGCGGGCGCAACGCUGUCGGGCAUCUGACGCAACUAGCAGCCCACGGCCUCUCGCUGACCGCCCGAAGCAAGCGUUUUCACAAUCUGACUCCGCUGCAAUACGCAGCGCGCCGAGGCGCUAUGGAUGCGAUGGAGUGUCUCCUGGAUCAUGGCGUUGUCGAUACGGCGUGGGCAGACGGCAAUGCCCUCUACGAAGCCGCCACCAAAACCACGCGCCAGCACGCCCACAUUGUCGAGCGGCUGCUCUCGCUGCCUCUUGCUGAUGCUGAGACGUACCUCGGGCGGCUCCGCGGCGAUGGAUCAACCCCGACACUGCUGCAUUAUGUCGCUCGGUCGCCGUACGCGCAAGGUGCCAUUGAUUGCUUGCUCGAUACAUACCACGCCGAGAUCGACGUUGUGGAUGCCAUGGGCUGCACGCCGGUGCAGUACGCACUCGUGAGCGGCGCGACGCGAACGUUCUUGCAUCUGCUUCGGCGAGGCGCUCGAUUGGAAGCCGAGUACGAAGGGCAGUCGGCGCUCUACUACACAUUGCAGUUACUCCCGUCGGAUAUUUGGCGCCUUUUUCUUCAAAGAGGAUGGAGAGACUACGUACGUUGUUUUUGGCGUUGA